UUGCAUGAAUAUGGAAUCUAUUUUUUUUAAUUGAAAUUAUUAAAAAUACACAUUUAAAUCAGAGAAUAGUUUUGUUUCACGUGAAAGUACUUUUAAAAAUAGGUUGAAUCAAAUUGGAAAUAUUACAACAACAUAGGAGAUGGUCAAUAGAUGGCAGUAAUAAAAUGUGCAGGUCUUUUAUGAAAGGAAAGAAAUCCGAAGAAGGCCACUAGCGGAGCCAAGCCACUCGGCUAUGUUAUUGACCACUGCAUUCGUGUAGAUGGAAGAAGGGAUUGUUUUACGGAGCCACUUUGAUCUAAAACGAAGUUUUUAAAAUGGCAAGCGACGAGGAGAGGGGGGUGGUUCGAGUCAAAGUGAAGAAAUGUGAUGGAGCACUUCCGGUGGAGUUUCGAUCCUUUGCUGUUGACCCUCAAAUUACAUCACUGGAGGUGUUGCAGCAUAUCCUAAUCAAAGCUUUUGAUUUGAAUGGGCGGCGAAAUUUUGAGAUCAGUUACAUGUCUCGAGGUGGAAGCGUUGCAGAGAUGUACCUGUCUUUGAUGUCUGAUGGUGAUUUAAAUGUUGCAUUUGCCAGUGCAGCCAAACCCUAUCUGCAACUCAAGAUGGAUGUGAAACCUUCAGAAGACAGUCCUGUUAUGGAGGACUGGGACAUCAUCAGCCCCAAAGAUGUGAUUGGCUCUGAACAGCUUCUUGCAGAGAGGACUAAGUCGUUGGCAUCUGCUGCGCUUCCCUUCACCCAGUCUUUAAUGUCCCAGGUUGGUCGGACACUGACACGAGUCCAGCAGGCAUUCAGCUGGUCUUACGGGGAGGAGAUCAAGCCUUUCAAGCCCCCUCUGAGUGACACCGAGUUUCAUAGUUAUCUCAAUGGUCAAGGACAGUUGACACGACCAGAGGAAUUAAGGCUGCGUAUCUACCAUGGGGGUGUUGAACCUUCACUACGCAAGGUUGUUUGGCGGUACCUCCUUAAUGUCUACCCUGAUGGACUGAGUGGACAGGAAAGGAUGGACUACAUGAAGCGAAAGACGAGAGAGUAUGACCAGUUGAAGAAAGAAUGGACAGCCCACGUCAGUCACGAAGACCUUGAAUUUAUCCGGGGGAAUGUACUCAAAGACGUUUUAAGGACAGACCGUGCCCAUCCCUACUACGCAGGCUCAGAAGACAGUCCACAUUUGACUGCUCUCACAGAUUUGCUUACUACCUUCGCCAUCACACAUCCACAGAUAUCGUACUGUCAAGGAAUGAGUGAUAUCGCUUCCCCUAUAUUAGCUGUGAUGGACAAUGAAGCACAUGCCUACAUUUGCUUUUGCGGCAUUAUGAAACGUUUGGAGGGGAACUUCCGACCUGAUGGACAUCUUAUGUCUAUUAAGUUCCAGCAUCUAAAAUUGCUUCUGCAGUACUCCGAUUAUGAAUUCUACUCAUAUCUGAUUUCUUGCGGAGCUGAUGACCUUUUCUUCUGUUACCGCUGGUUACUUCUGGAGCUCAAGCGCGAGUUUGCCUUUGAUGAUGCCCUAAGGAUGCUUGAGGUUACUUGGAGUUCCUUGCCCCCAGAUCCUCCUGAAACUGAAGUGGAACUCCUUGGACCACCAUUACAGACCGAUAGAACACGUUUUACAGACAGAGACAUGACCACUGACAGUCGUCUUGGGCCCGACUGGGAAAUAAAAGAGAAGCAGCGUAGACGACAUAUGCUUCGACCAUCAAGAGAAGAACAAAAUGUGUGUUGGAAUACUGUCUCAGAAGACUGUCAGAAAGUUGGACCUGGAAGUGAAAGAGGUAUUCCUCAAGCAAUUGUGGGUAAGGCAGGUUUGGUGAGUCCUUCUAUUGAGGAGAGUUUUGGCGAGUUUAAAUACUAUACUGCGCAAAAUGAAGAUUGCGUUGAUAUCAAGGACACUAAGCAGCAACAGGGUUUGACUAAUUCACAGUCAUUAUCACGGUUUCCAAUUCGUCAGUCUACCAUUGACAGUGAAGAGGAUCCUGGAGAAAGAACACCGCUCAUAAAAUGCUACAGCAAUGGCUUUUCACCAGGAUUAUCACCUCCCCUACUGCCAAUCUGGAAGAGUGACGCAGUACCUCAUUCAUCUUCAGCCUUACCUUCUGGUUGGUCAGUUGGAACUCCCGACUCUCCUGCACAAACUACAUUUGGAUUCACAACCAGUGGACAAGAGGCCUUAUCAAGAACUGUCCCAAAAGUAAUCACAUCUUCUGCACAAUUACUCAGGAGUACGGGGUUGAACUUGACAAAUCCUACUGUAAAAACAUGUGCUACAUCUCACGCCCAUACUCCAAAUCGAUCCUUUCUCUCAUCACCAAUUUUGCCUUUUGGAAGAGGUCCUUCACAGCCUGGCUCCAAGUCAUCCUGCAACAACCUUCCUUCUCCUAGCAACAGACCCUCAAGCACCACAGCUACUAACAUGGACAGUUCCCCCAAACUGGAGACCACCAUCAAACCUUGUUCUCUUCCACCUCCCCAAGAGUUUGGAAAAGGCAAUCCUUUCAUGCUUUUUUUGUGCUUGUCUAUCUUGCUGGAACACCGGGACCACAUAAUCAAGAACAGCCUGGAUUACAAUGAGCUCGCUAUGCACUUUGAUCGCCUAGUGCGGCGCCACAACCUAAGCAGGAUACUGCAGCGGGCCAAGGCCUUAUUUGCAGACUACUUGCAGAGUGAAGUGUGGGACUCUGAGGAGGGGGAUGAGGUUAGCUCAGACUCUCCAACAUCAGCCACUGCUGCUCAAUUCUCCCCAUCUUUAACCAUCUCUGCUCGACCCAUUUAUAGCCCUUUAUCCUCCCCUCAGUCUUCAUCUCGGAACUCAACCUACAACUUGACAUCAACCAUUCCUUCACCAACAUCUCAAGUCUCCCUUUCACAUAUGUCGUGAUUUGCACAAGUAUCCCUGACUUGCCAUUCUUACUAACCUUUCAGUAAGGUGGCCCACCAGAUGCGUGGACUAUUUUAGAGUGCUUUUCAUGGUGAAUUGGGCAAUAUUUAUAAGCUUGAUUACAUAAAAUAUAUGAUUGAUUCCAGUACUGAUCAUGUUAUUUGUGUCGCCGUCGCUUGGAGUUAUCAACAAAUUGGAUAGAGCUUCUACUGUAUCCUUCCAAGAUGACUGCAUGCACAGUAAUCUCUUACCCCCCCCUCCAGUUUUUAAGUGUGGCUGGAUAAUUUAGUCAGAAUAACAUAACUCCAGCCACUUAAUGCACAGCACCCAUUAUGUCCUCUUUAGUGGUUUAUAAAUUCAAGUUAUGUCAGACAUUCUUAAGACAAAGAAGAAUACUAUACAUACCUACCAGUCUCCUAAUAAACUGUAAUUACUUUGAAAUAAGACAUAGAUGACACUGCAUAUAGGGAAUAGCUGCCCGUGCAUUGGCUAUUAGGAAAAUAAAAUCAGGGUAACAAUUUAGCAAUGUGGCGCCACGGUGGUUGACUGGUUCGCACAUCCGUCUCACGGGUCUGACGACCCGGGUUCAAAUCCGGUGUCAACUGUGUGGAGCUUGCAUGUUAUCCCUGUGUCUGCAUGGGUUUUCCCCGGGUACUACGGUUUCCUCCCCCAUUCUAAAAUCAUGCAUGGGGGAUUAAUUGAAGACUAAAUUGUCUGUAGGUGUGAAUGUGAGUGCGAAUGGUUGUUUGUUUAUAUGUGCCCUGCGAUUGGAUGGCGACCAGUCCAGGGUGUACCCCGCCUCUUGCCGAGAGUCAUCUGAGAUAGGCGCGAGCACACCCGCAAUCCUAAUGAGGAUAAACGGUAUGGAAAAUGGAUGGAUGGAUUUAGCAAUGUGAAAAUCCCCUGUCUUCUGUCAUCUGGUCAUCGUAGUACUUAGUUUGGUCAUCUUCAAACUCGGUCCACCUAUGAAUUAUUAUUUAUAUUUUUAGUCACUGGACUUUGACAUUGUUUUCUUAAGUGCUCAUGUAUAUGAAUGCGCAUACUUGCUUUUACAAAAUGGUGUCUUAUGAGUUCUUGUUUCCUCUCUGAGCUACACAGACAUGACAAAACCUGAGUGGGUCUGUCAACAACUUCGAAACUGAUAUAUCAUAAGUGUUUUCUUGAUAAGUUCACAAUGACACAAAAAAUCUUGGAUUUCAAUAUGAAAACCCAUAACAAAUGAGAUGAGAGCCUGUAUACUGUACUCAUUUUUCUUGAAGAGCCUUUAAUACGAUUCCAAGCAAACUGUAAUAGUAUUUGUAGUCCUAUUUCCAUUGAAUUAUUAUAUAAUAAAACUAAGAUUAAUUGACAACAAUGUAAAUGUAAUUAUAUGGACUGGUCACUAUUUCAAGAGAUGAAACAAUUUUGCACUUUUUUUUUUUUUUUUUUUUUGCUGUUUAGUUGAAUUGAACAAAAGAACCACAUAAACGUCUCAAUAUGUUGAUCUAUAGUUUCUGAUGUCCACAUAUUGAUGGCUGCUAAUGAGUUCCAGCUCUUACAACCAACGUUUUUGCUGUUGUUGCUUCUCUGAGAUUAAGACUGCAGUAUAAAGUGUAAUAGCAUGUGAUGCUGCAUUAUUAGAAGUGCCUAAUUCUCGGGAGUCUGAAGCCUUCAAGUGUAUUUUCAUCUGUGCUGAAAAUAUCUCUCGCUAUGAUGUACUUGUACUGCUGCCCUUCUGGUUGAUUUAAUAAACAUUACUGCUGUGUUUCAGCAGCAUUUAAAUUAACUGGUUAGUUGGUUCCAUGAACAAAUGAGCCACCCGAAAUCUUUGCGAAAUGCUGUUUUGGCCCAUUUGACGCGAUGUGAAUUGAAACUGAAACUACCACCUCCUAAACUACCAUCAAAAAGAAACAACACAAUUUAUUUUGUGAGGUUAUUAUACUGUGUUCCAUUCUUGUCAACUUUUUACAUGUACCUGACAGUGUCAACAAAGAAGAACGUAUAACGUGCUACUAUAUCAUGGUUGGACCAAAAUAUUGUUGUUGUUUUUUUCUUAUCAAGUUAUGAACAUGCUGAUUGAGUUAGGCCUGUUGUUCACUUUUCAUACACAUGAAAUGGAAAAUGAUUUGCUUAAGCAUCACCUCGAAUCCCAGUGAUUGUAUGCCAAUUAUUUCUCUCCCCCCUCCUUGUUAGUUUUGGAACCUUGAGCACCUGACGCUGUAUGCCAAAACAAUGGGCUGUAUUCAUACACUUUUGAACUGUUUUGCAUUUGAAAAUAUGAACACAACAUUAUGGUCCAAGGGGCCUUUUUACCACGACCAGUGAGUUACUUGAAUUAAUCUACAUUUCAGAAGUGUGGUGGGUUGUUUUUUUCUAACAAUUUUUUAUUUUGAGAGGCCUUUGUUUUAUUGUGUAAUUUGAAAUAUUUUUUUGUAUUUACUACGCUAACAUUUUCUCUUGCCUUCCAACCCUCCUUUUACGAAUAUCAUAUUUAAUAUUUUAAAGAGUACCUGGCUGGACUAUGAGCCAAUAUGUGAAUUUGUAAAAUUAUUACAAUCAAGAAUUGCAAAGCAGUUACACUUUUUAAUCAUACUUACAGUAUGAUUGUAUAAUGGGCACAAAUAAAUAGUCUCUGCAACUCAGUGUUUGUUUUUACAUUUUGGC